GUGAAGAAACAGCAUUUCCUUUACGAUAAUUAGUGAUUUUUUUCUGUUGACUUUUCAUCCCUCCAUUGCUUAGAGGUUGCUUUUUGACCUUUUGCCACCAUGUGGGAGUUCAGGUCCAUGUCUUUCUGGCGGGCGGUGUUUGCUGAGUUCUAUGGGACCAUGUUCUUUGUAUUUUUUGGGCUGGGAGCAGCCCUUCGCUGGACCACUGGGCCCCAUAAUGUCCUCCACGUUGCCUUUUGCUUUGGGCUGGCAGCUGCCACCCUCAUCCAGUCCAUUGGCCACAUCAGUGGAGGGCACAUCAAUCCAGCUGUUACCUUCGCUUAUCUGAUCGGCUCCCAGAUGUCCCUGUUUCGUGCGUUCUUCUACAUCAUGGCCCAGUGUCUCGGAGCACUUGCUGGUGCCGCCGUGCUCUACGGGGUCACACCUGGAAACAUGAGGGGAAACCUAGCACUCAACACGCUGCAGCCAGGAAUCAGUCUGGGCAUGGCCACCACCAUGGAGGUCUUCCUUACCUUGCAGCUUGUCGUUUGCAUCUUUGCUGUGACUGACGAGAGGCGCAAUGGACGCAUGGGCUCUGCUGCCCUUGCCAUUGGCUUCUCUGUGCUCAUGGGGCAUCUCCUUGGGAUGUACUACACUGGAGCAGGAAUGAACCCAGCAAGGUCCUUUGCUCCUGCUGUCCUGGUUAGGAAUUUUGUCAACCACUGGGUGUACUGGGUGGGACCCAUGAUUGGUGGUGCCAUGGGUGCUUUGCUGUAUGACUUCAUGCUGUUCCCCCGUAUGCGUGGCCUUUCUGAGAGGCUCGCCACACUGAAGGGUACUCGGCCUCCAGAGGCUGAGGGCCAGCAGGAGACCAGGGGAGAGCCCAUCGAGCUCAAGACACAGGCCCUAUAAGCCUUGAGAAGAAGAUUGGCUUUCUGACCCCCCCAUCCCUCACCCAUUAAUCUGCACCCUCAGUUCCUGGUCCAUCCUCAGCCCACUCAGCAUGUCUGCACACAUACCUCCUCCCCACCUCCACCCAUUCUAACACAGAUCCAACACACCUUUGUUAUCCUUGUUCUGCAUCCAGAACUGGACCUGCUGAGUCACAGUGAAGGGGCAUCUGCAGCCCUGACCAUCUGGCCUGAUUCUACCCAUCCUUCCUCCUCUUCCUCCUACUUCUCCUCUUCCCCUUUGGACUGCAGGACAAAGAUGGAGGGUUAGAAGAAGACUUGCCACUGAAGGAAGAACCCUGUGCCCUGUGGUGUGGGGAGUCAGUCACUCCUGGUUGACCAGGUGGCUAUAACUGCUCAGGACAUGGGCCUUUCUCUCUUUCUUUCCUUCCCUUUCUCGCUCUUUCUGUUUUCUCCCUAUUUUGUAGUCUGCUAGGAGUGAAGCUACAGUAGAGCAGUGGACUUCUGCAUGCUUUUCCAUUUUGAUCCAGUGUGAUCUCUCCCUUUGUUUUGUUUUGUUUAAUGAACUUUGGGUAAAUCACAUGUAUGUAUUGUACUUUACCAGUAUUUAUUUGGCUGACCUUUUUUUUUUUUUCAGUUGUAUGUGUGUGGAUGUGUGAUUGUG